AUGGGUAGCUACACCUUCAAGUGGGAGCAUCCCGCCGACGAGGCUUUUGUCACUGGCACAUUCGACGAGUGGCGAAAAACGGUCAAGCUCGACAAGGAGGGCGGCAUUUUCGAAAAGACCAUCGAACUCCCCGACGCACCCGACAAGAUCUACUUCAAGUUCGUCGUCGACGGCAGCUGGACCAUCAAUCAAUCCGCGCCCCACGAGCCGGACAAGGACGGAAACGUGAACAACUACCUCUGCCAGUCGGACCUCGUCAGCUCGGCCACCACCGUCGCCAUGGCCAAGAAGAACAACAACAAGAAGAAGCAGCAGCAGCAGAAGCAGCAGGCCGCCGCCGCCGUCGCUGCCACCACGGCCGCCGCCGAGACCCCCCUCCGCUCGGACACGGCCACGCCCUCGGACGUCCCUGGCGGCUUCCCCGUCACCCCGGCCAACGAGGAGGACAAGACGGUCAGCGUCAACCCUCUGCCGGCGGCCGCCGGCGCCGUCAACCCCAUCAGCCUCAAGCCCGGGGAGAAGGUGCCGAAAUCGGUGACGGCGCAGGACGUCAAGGAGCACGUCAAGCUCGACAAGGAGUCAUACGAGAAGAGCGACGCCCUCCCCGCCGCCGUCCAGGCGGAGCUGCCUCCCGUCAGCAAGAACAUGAUCCCCGAGUCUAGCCUGCCCAUGGGCAACGGCAACGACGUGACCAUCAACUCGGUCGGUGCCGGCGCCACCACAGCCGCCCUGGCCGGAAAGGUCCCGCUCGAGCCCAAGGUCCCCGCCGUCGUCAAGGAGAGCCAAGAAAAGGCCGGCUUUCCGCCGGAGGCCUCGGCCGUCGCCGCCGAGGUCCAGGACAAGGCCAUGGUCGAGGAAGAGCUCAAGUACAAGGUCAAGGAGGUUCCCGCCACCUCGGUCGGCGUCUCCGCCGACAAGACCGACAAGGUGGCCGCCGCCGCCGAUGCCGCCGGCAACAAGGUCUCCGAUGCCACCGAGAAGACGAAGGAGAAGGCGCUGGAAAAGGUCUCGCCCGAGGCCAAGGAGUCGGUCGCCAAGGCCGAGGCGGCCGUGGCCAACGGUGCCGAUGCCGCCGCCGCCGAGCCCACCAAGAACGGAACGGCCGUCCCCGCGGCCGACAGUGCCGAGUCGAAGGCGGCCGAGUCCGCCAGCAAGUCGGCCUCAUCCAUCAACACGGACAAGAAGAAGAAGGGCCGGCUGAGCAGCCUCAUCAGCAAGCUCAAGGAGAAGCUGUCGGACAAGAAAUAG